CGGGGGAGCGGGAGCGGGAGCGGGAGCCAGGGCAGCCGCAGCCGCAGCCAUCUUCGCGCCGCGGCCGCGCCCCGUGCAGCGCCCGCGGGUGGAGGCUGGCGCCGCGGGGCGCCCCGGGCCGGGGCCGGGGCCGGGGCUGGGGCUGGGGCUGGGCAGGCGCCGGCCGCCGCCGGGGCGCGGAGCAUGCGGGGCCCCGAGGAGGAGCCGGACGACAUGGAGCACGAGGAGGACGUGUCAGAAGAAGAGGAUGGGGUCCUGGAGGGCCUGGAGGAGUUUUAUCCAGAGGAGCCAGUGAUUGCACAAAAGAAAAAGAAAUCCAAGAAGCUUAAGGAAAGCAAGGCUUCCAAAGUGAAGCGGAGGAAGAAAGAGGGCAGCAAUGAUGAAAUGUCUGAAAAUGAAGAGGACAUGGAAGAUAAGUCAGAGAGUGAAGGCAGCGAUUACUCCCCCAACAAAAAGAAGAAGAAAAAGCUCAAGGAAAAGAAAGAGAAAAAAGCCAAACGGAAAAAGAAAGAUGAGGAGGAGGAAGAUAACGAGGACGGAGGACUAAAGGAGCCCAAGAGCUCAGCCCAGCUCAUGGACGAAUGGGGCCUGGAUGAUGUUGAUUAUAUUUUCUCGGAAGAGGACUACCACACGCUGACUAAUUACAAGGCAUUCAGUCAGUUUCUCAGGCCCUUAAUUGCCAAGAAGAACCCCAAGAUUCCUAUGUCCAAGAUGAUGACAGUUCUUGGUGCCAAAUGGCGGGAGUUCAGUGCCAACAACCCGUUCAAGGGCAGUUCAGCAGCUGCAGCAGCAGCAGCAGUGGCUGCAGCAGUGGAGACAGUUGCCAUUGCACCCCCGCUCUCUGUCAGCCCUCCCCAGGCUCCCCCACCCCCAGCUAUCAGGAAGGCCAAGACCAAGGAAGGCAAAGGUCCAGGAGUGCGGAAGAAAAUCAAAGGCUCCAAAGAUGGGAAGAAAAAGGGGAAAGGCAAAAAGGUAGCAGGCCUGAAAUUUCGGUUUGGAGGAAUUGCCAACAAAAGGAAAAAGGGCUCCUCAAGUGAAGAGGAAGAGCGAGAGGAAUCUGACUUGGACAGUGCCAGCAUCAACAGCUCCUCGGUGCGCUCCGAAUGCUCUGCAGGCUUGGGCAAGAGAGGGAAGAGGAGGAGAAAGAAAAAGAGGACUGAAGAAGGGGAUGGGUAUGAGACUGACCACCAGGACUACUGCGAGGUCUGCCAGCAAGGAGGAGAGAUCAUUCUGUGUGACACGUGCCCCCGGGCCUACCACCUUGUCUGCCUGGAUCCUGAAUUGGAGAAAGCCCCAGAGGGCAAGUGGAGCUGCCCACACUGUGAGAAGGAAGGGAUCCAGUGGGAGCCCAAGGAUGAUGAUGAGGAGGAGGAGGAGGGGGGUGAGGAGGAGGAAGAUGACCACAUGGAGUUCUGCCGCGUGUGUAAGGAUGGUGGAGAGCUGUUGUGCUGUGACACCUGCCCUUCCUCGUACCAUCUGCACUGCCUGAACCCACCACUGCCAGAGAUCCCAAAUGGUGAAUGGCUCUGCCCGCGCUGUACAUGCCCUCCCUUAAAAGGCAAAGUUCAGCGCAUCCUACACUGGACUUGGAAGGAGCCCCCUGUGCCCCCAGCAUCCUUGCUGUCCCCACCUGACUCAGAGAUGGCCAUCCCUCCAUCAAAAUCGCUGGAAGGGAUCCCAGAAAGGGAGUUCUUUGUGAAAUGGGCAGGGCUUUCCUACUGGCACUGCUCCUGGGUCAAGGAGCUACAGCUGGAGCUCUACCACACCGUGAUGUACCGCAACUACCAAAGGAAGAAUGACAUGGAUGAGCCACCUGCCUUUGACUAUGGCUCUGGGGAUGAGGAUAGCAAGAGUGAGAAGCGGAAGAACAAAGACCCACAGUAUGCCCAAAUGGAGGAGAAGUACUACCGCUAUGGCAUCAAGCCUGAGUGGAUGAUGAUUCACCGCAUCCUGAACCACAGCUUUGAUAAAAAGGGAGACAUCCAUUACCUGAUCAAGUGGAAAGAUUUGCCAUAUGACCAGUGUACCUGGGAGAUCGAUGAUAUAGACAUUCCAUACUAUGAAAACCUGAAGCAGAUAUACUGGAAUCACAGGGAGCUGAUGUUGGGGGACGAAACCCGACCUCCAAAGAAGCUGAACAAGAAAGGAAAAAAACUGAAAGAUGAGAAACUGGAGAAACCACCAGAAACACCCAUUGUUGAUCCCACAGUUAAGUUUGACAAGCAACCCUGGUACAUUGAUGCAACUGGAGGUACCCUACAUCCCUACCAGCUGGAAGGGCUGAACUGGCUGAGGUUCUCCUGGGCCCAGGGCACUGACACAAUCCUUGCUGAUGAAAUGGGGCUGGGGAAGACCGUGCAGACUAUUGUAUUCCUGUACUCCCUCUACAAGGAGGGCCACUCCAAAGGACCAUACCUGGUCAGUGCCCCUCUCUCCACCAUCAUCAACUGGGAGAGAGAGUUUGAGAUGUGGGCCCCUGACUUCUAUGUUGUGACGUACACGGGGGACAAGGAAAGCCGGGCGGUGAUCCGGGAGAAUGAGUUCUCCUUUGAGGACAAUGCCAUCCGGAGUGGGAAGAAGGUUUUCCGAAUGAAGAAAGAAGCCCAGAUUAAAUUCCAUGUCCUGCUUACCUCCUAUGAGCUGAUUACGAUUGAUCAGGCUAUCCUGGGGUCUAUUGAGUGGGCCUGCCUGGUGGUGGAUGAAGCACACAGAUUGAAGAACAACCAGUCCAAAUUCUUCAGAGUGCUGAAUAGCUACAAGAUCGACUACAAGCUACUGCUCACAGGCACACCACUCCAGAACAACUUAGAGGAGCUCUUCCACCUUCUCAACUUUCUUACCCCGGAGAGGUUCAACAACCUAGAGGGGUUCCUGGAGGAAUUUGCUGACAUCUCGAAGGAGGACCAGAUCAAGAAGCUGCAUGACCUCCUGGGUCCCCACAUGCUCCGGAGACUGAAGGCAGAUGUGUUCAAGAACAUGCCUGCCAAGACUGAGCUGAUUGUGAGGGUGGAGCUCAGCCAGAUGCAAAAGAAGUACUACAAAUUCAUAUUGACAAGGAAUUUUGAAGCCCUGAAUUCCAAAGGUGGUGGGAACCAAGUGUCACUGCUCAAUAUCAUGAUGGAUCUGAAGAAAUGCUGCAACCAUCCAUACCUCUUCCCUGUUGCUGCUGUGGAAGCUCCAGUCUUGCCAAAUGGGUCCUAUGAUGGCAAUUCAUUGGUUAAAUCUUCUGGAAAGCUGAUGUUGCUGCAGAAGAUGUUGAAGAAGCUGCGAGAUGGGGGGCACAGAGUCUUGAUCUUCUCCCAGAUGACAAAGAUGCUGGAUCUGCUGGAGGAUUUCUUGGAGUAUGAGGGUUACAAGUAUGAGAGAAUCGAUGGAGGCAUCACGGGGGGCCUGCGCCAGGAAGCUAUUGACAGAUUUAAUGCUCCUGGUGCUCAGCAGUUCUGCUUUCUCCUCUCUACCCGAGCUGGUGGUUUGGGCAUAAACCUUGCUACGGCCGACACAGUCAUUAUUUAUGAUUCUGAUUGGAAUCCCCACAAUGACAUCCAGGCAUUCAGCCGAGCCCAUCGUAUUGGGCAGAAUAAGAAGGUGAUGAUCUACCGCUUUGUGACAAGAGCCUCUGUGGAGGAGCGCAUCACCCAGGUAGCCAAGCGGAAAAUGAUGCUCACCCACUUGGUGGUCCGUCCAGGCCUUGGCUCCAAGUCUGGCUCCAUGACCAAGCAGGAGCUGGAUGACAUCCUGAAGUUUGGGACUGAAGAGCUCUUCAAAGAUGAUGUGGAAGGCGUGAUGUCUCAGGGCCAGCGGAUCACCAUGCCAGAUGCUCUCUCUCCCUUCCCAGAAGCCCCAGCCUCUAAAGGGGGUGCUGUGGCUCAAAACAUGAAAAAAAAACAUGGCGGCACCCCACCAGGGGACAACAAGGAUGUGGAGGACAGCAGCGUGAUCCACUACGAUGAUGCUGCCAUCUCCAAGCUGCUGGACCGGAACCAGGAUGCAACUGAUGACACUGAGUUGCAGAACAUGAACGAGUAUCUCAGCUCCUUUAAAGUGGCCCAGUAUGUUGUGAGAGAAGAGGAUGGUGUGGAGGAGGUUGAACGAGAGAUCAUCAAGCAGGAGGAGAAUGUGGACCCUGACUACUGGGAGAAGCUGCUGCGGCACCACUAUGAGCAGCAGCAGGAGGAUCUGGCCAGGAACCUUGGGAAGGGGAAGCGGAUCCGCAAGCAGGUCAACUACAAUGACACUUCACAGGAGGACCAAGAGUGGCAGGAUGAGCUCUCUGAUAACCAGUCGGAGUACUCCAUUGGCUCUGAGGAUGAAGAUGAAGACUUUGAGGAGAGACCUGAAGGUGGCAGACGACAGUCACGGAGACAGCUGAAGAGUGACCGAGACAAGCCUUUGCCACCUCUGCUGGCAAGAGUCGGAGGGAAUAUUGAGGUCCUAGGCUUCAAUGCCCGGCAGCGCAAGGCCUUCCUGAAUGCCAUAAUGCGGUGGGGAAUGCCACCUCAAGAUGCCUUCAAUUCGCACUGGUUGGUUCGGGACCUGCGUGGGAAAAGCGAGAAGGAGUUCAGGGCGUACGUUUCAUUAUUCAUGAGGCACUUGUGUGAGCCAGGAGCAGAUGGGGCCGAGACGUUUGCAGACGGCGUUCCCCGGGAGGGGCUGUCACGUCAACAUGUGCUGACGAGGAUUGGAGUGAUGUCACUUGUGAGGAAGAAGGUCCAGGAGUUUGAGCAUGUGAAUGGGAAAUACAGCACUCCAGACUUGAUCUUGGAGGGCCCGGACAUCAAGAAACCCACUGAGGUGGUUUCUUCUGAUCCCAACACUCCUGUCCCUGCCAGUCCAGCACCACUGCAGAUGGGGUCUGUGGCCCUGCCUGACAAGAUAGAAAUGCAGCUGGGGUUCCUGGAGGAGAAGGAGCAGGGGGAACAGAAGCCUGGGAAGCUGACUGAGAGCCAGGUGCCAGCAGGGGCGGAGAAUGUCGAGAGCGAGGAGACCCAUGAGAGCGCUGAGCACAAAGAGAAGACACGAGAAGAGAAAGCAGGAGAGAAUGAAAAGGCUGAGUCUUUGCCUGAGUUGCCCAUGAAAGACAAGGCAAUUCAAGAAAAAGAAAAGCCACUGGAGAAAUCUGAGUUAAAUGCCAAUCAAGGGAAAGGGGAGGAGACAGAAUUCAAGUCAGAGGAGGCCAAGGUUGAGGAGAAGGAGCAAAAUGAGACUCAACAAAAUGGUGAAAAGGAGGAGGAAGAAGAUGGGAAGAAGGAGGACAAAAAUGCAAACUUCAGAUUCAUGUUCAACAUUGCUGAUGGCGGCUUUACAGAGUUGCACACGUUGUGGCAGAAUGAGGAGAGAGCCGCAGUCUCCUCUGGCAAGAUUUAUGACAUCUGGCACCGGAGACAUGACUACUGGCUUCUGGCAGGAAUUGUCACUCAUGGCUAUGCCCGCUGGCAAGACAUCCAAAAUGACCCACGCUAUGUGAUUCUGAAUGAGCCUUUCAAGUCAGAGAUCCACAAGGGGAACUACCUUGAGAUGAAGAACAAGUUCCUCGCACGCCGGUUCAAAUUGCUGGAGCAGGCACUGGUGAUCGAGGAGCAGCUGCGAAGGGCCGCAUACCUCAACAUGACCCAAGACCCCAGUCACCCGGCCAUGGCACUGAACGCCCGUCUGGCUGAAGUGGAGUGCCUUGCUGAAAGUCACCAGCAUCUCUCCAAAGAAUCCCUUGCUGGGAACAAGCCUGCCAAUGCUGUCCUGCACAAAGUUCUGAACCAGCUGGAGGAGCUGCUGAGUGACAUGAAGGCAGAUGUGACACGCCUGCCCUCCAUGCUGUCCCGGAUACCACCUGUGGCUGCCCGCCUGCAGAUGUCUGAACGGAGCAUUCUGAGCCGCCUGACAACCCGGGGAGGUGACCCCACCGUCCAGCAGGGCUCCUUUGGGUCCUCCCAGAUCUACAACAACAACUUUGGGCCUAAUUUCCGAGGUCCAGGACCAGGUGGAAUUGUCAACUACAGUCAGAUGCCUCUGGGACCAUAUGUGACUGCGACCCCCAGUGGGCCACCCUCCAGCCACCCUGAUAAAAAAGUAGCAGAGUCACUGAAGGAUGGCACGUCCUUGGAGCACAAGGGGAAGCAUGGUGAUGUCAUCUGCAUUGAAGACUAACACCCUGCCUAGUGGGUGUUGGCACCCAGGCCUGCCCUGCUCAUCUUUAAAGUGGUCCUCACUACAAAACACAGCGACCCCUGCCCAUUUCAAAAACUUCUUUGAAGGGGAUUUCAUUUCCUUGUACUUUUUUUGCACUUUCUUAUUGAAGACUUGAAGAGCUUGUCUCAAGAACGCUGGCUGAAUUGCAAAGGGAUUCUGGAGUCAGGGCAUUUAUGUUCCUGUUUUUACCGACACUUAUCCGAUGUGGAGGGAGACCUUCCCAGAAGUUCUGUUCCUAGUCCCAGUGCCCUAAUGUAUCAGUCUGGAGCCCAGCUUUGUCCUUUUCUGCAGCUGCCUCCUACGUUGGUUCUCUUUCUGUGCCCCUUCUGUAUUUAAGCCAAUGCAUGCACUCUCAGCCCUGCCCUACCACCUUGCUGCUGAGCCCCCUGGGUGCAUUCAGGGAGAGCGUACCUGGCUGCUGCCCUCUUCCCCCUCCCCCUACCCCAUACGUGGGGGAAAAGUGCAGCAGUGGUGUUGCCAAAUGGGCCUGGCCUGACCUCACGUUCUACUGCUCUCACUGCUGAGCAUGACAGGGAGCCUGGUGCCCAACCAGGGACAAGUUACUAGGGUCCCAGCCUCACAGCUCCUGACUGUAAUAAUUCUUGGCCUCUUUCAAGGCCAGGGGCCACACAAGUCCCCUCACUCUGGCCUGUUUUGGGUGCAUUUUUCUGAGCUAGUACACAAUUUUGGUUUAGCAGACAAUGUAGGCCCCAGUGGCUGGAGCCUUGGGGGCACUGUGAGGAUCCAGUUACCAUGCGGUCUCUUGUAGUUCCCUGUCCAAAGAUGCCCUAGAUCAGACACACAGAUGUGCUAGGCUAGAAGUCUCCCCUGCCUUCCUCUCAAGGCCAACUUGCUGGGUGGUCCCUGGGCAUGCCCGGCUGCUCUGCACUUCACAGGUGAUUUACAUGCAACGACCUGGGAUUCUGGGAUUGCUGGUGGGUUUUAAUUCUGGGCUAUGUGACCAUGUGCCCCUGCCCUGCAGAACUGCAGGGAUCCAUCUGUGCUCCAGCAAGGGGCCAGCUGAGUUGCAAGGCAUCUGCUUCCUGAGCCAGAUGAAAGGGGGAGGUAGUCCUUGUGCCCAGAGAGGAGAUGAGAGGCCAGCCUGCCCCCAGGCCACCUUCUCCACAGUGUGCUUGUAGCCACUGGCUCAGGUCUUUGGAGGAAGUGGGGGAACAAAGCCACUGUGUGCUAGGGGCUGCUGCUGAGUGGGCCCCAGGGCACAGGACAUUUCCACUGCCAGUACACCAGUUGUGCAUUGGCAGUAGGGGCUGGGCAAGACUCUGGCCACUGUUAGGUGCACCUAGGUGCACAGGGAGUAGGGCAGGAGCCCUAUGGGUAGAGUGGUCAAGGCCCCAGUGUGCAACUGAAUCCCCCAGGACAAUGCCAUUUUUCCAUGCAAAGCCUGUUGGCUUAGGCAGUAGGUAAAUUCCAUGCAGUAAGACUUCCUGCCCCUCUGCUCUUGAGGCUUGUUCAUUGUUGCAGCUCAGAGCGUGAGCUGUGCCAUGAUUCUCCUCCUUCCUUGCCUUGCAAGCCCUGCUCUGCCCCCAGAUGCCUUCCCUGCCAUUCUGGGAGCCCUCCUCAUAGCAAAUGCCACUCAAGAAUGGAAAGAGGGCCCACAGCCUGAGUCCUAGCUCAGAGUUGGCAGGAGGUGGUGCUGGGUGCUGUGUCAAAGCUGGCAGCUGCCAGCCAGUGCCUGGAUGGGAAGGCAGAGCGGGCAAGAGUGCAUAGUGCAGCAGCAGCCAAACCGUGCCAGUGACCACUCAGGAGAAUCCUCUUCCCUGGGCAGACAGGCCUGGCAGUGGGGUGGCUCACAGCUGGGCUCACUCUGUGCCAUCUGGGGCCAGCUGAUCAGGGAGGCAAGGCAGAAGGGUGCUUGUGUGAAGCGUACUGAUAUUAGCAGCUGAGGAAGCCUCGGCCCCAGAGAGAAGAGGACAAAACCUCACACUCACUCAUCCAAUCCAGGCAAAUAGAAAAAAGUGCUGCUCAGUUUGUCCCUGCCCCUAAAUGCUGCCUAGUUUUGCUACUUUAUAGCUACCCCCCUAUUUCCCUGUUGUGGGGUGGGGGUGUUGAUUGGCUUUUGCUGGAGCAGCAUGGUCUGACAGGGGAGCAUGGUUUGUUUCUGACAGCUGUAGUCCUCUACCUCUUUGUAGCAAUGUAGACAGCCCCUGCUCCCAGCCCCUCAGUAUUUAACCAGAGGUAGCAGCUGGCUCACGCUGGGGCCAGGCAAGACUGAAGAGCAAGGGAGAAGCUCUACCUGCCUUUGGCCUCUUUUGAACAGCCCCAUAGCAGAGGGUGUCUGUGCCAGCCACAGCUCUGCUGGCUCAUGUCCCUUGUGCAGUGACCUGCUCCAGGUAUGGACUGUACUAGGGCUAAGUGCAAGGCCUCUGUGCUGUGAGUCCAGUCACUUGUACAGCUUGGUCUGCGUUGGGCACUAGAGUGAAUGGGACAGCCAUGCAGACCUGUGGAUUGUGUGUACAGUGCUCCUAAGAACCGGCACUGACGGAGGGCAGUCUGCUGCCAGAGCAUGGCUCAGCUGUGUCCCUGGGUGGAGACGGGGACUUAGGACCCCCUCCACCUCUGGGCUUCUGCUGAGAGCCAGCCAGGCUGUGAUUUGGUGCCAAAGGGGGACAGGGGUGUGUGCCUUCCUAUAGAUUGCACCCCUGCUUCUCUCCCAGGCUGCUGAGUAAUCAUCAGAGGGUAACAACCCUGUAUCUGCUCGUCUGGGCUGGUUGAUGCCACCAGCUGGUGAAGGGGCUCUAUUCCUGGGUUUGCUAAUCCCUGCUUGCGCUGCCUACUCUGGUAAAGAAGAGGAUGCUACAUAUGUCCCCGCAAGGAACUCUUUGCUAGGCUGUCUUGGCUGUAUGGGUCAGGGCUUCUUCAGUAUUGCCCAGAGGCUGCAUAGUGACCACGUGGACUCUACAGAGAUGAGGGCAUACUCAGCUCCAUGGACGGAGGAGCUGUUGAGCUGGCACACUCCAGUUGGCAAACUGUAGGGCUGACCUUGGGUGGCAGUAAGCAGACCUGAGGGGGCAGACAGGGAGGACUGUGCUUCUAGCCAGCACCCAGGGUCCAGUUUCUGGCUGCGGGGAGCCUAGAUGCUUCAUGAACAGCCCUCCUGCCACAAGAUGACCCAGCGGCUUUCACACUUAUGCCGGUGGCCGCAGGGCAGGCACUGCGUGCUGCUGCUGGAUGCUGUCUUCUGCUUUAUAGGCCUGCUCAAAGCUUCUGCCUGCAAAGUCUCCUUGUGAAGAGGAAGCAGGCAGCUCACUCUUGGCUGCCCCAGCAGCCUGGGUUCUGCCCAAAGGCAGGGAGACUCCCUGCAACAUAGUGUUGUGUUAGAUAAGAUGGCUUGCAAGUGGAUGGUGUUGGACUCUUUCCCCCCACAACCCCAAGCCCCUCUCCUCAAGCCACUGACCCCUUCCCCGGCCCCAAUGAGAUUACGAGGGAUUUCAAUGCACAGAAAACAUCUUGCCGCUGGUCUCUCCAAACCGCUACAAUCUCCAUGUUAGGUUAGAAACCCCCUUCGAGCCUGCCCACCUGCUCCUGCAACCUUGACUCCUGGCUGUGACUGCACCCAUAUAAAGCUGAAAGAGGAGGUUCCUGCCAAUGCUGGGACCAGGAGGAUCUCAUCCUGACUGGACUUUUCUCCUCCACAAUGUGUGUGCAAGGUUCUGAGUAAGAUGAAACGCUUCAACAAACUAAAGUUAGCAGCCCAGGGCUGGGCGAGGGGGGAUAUGAAAGCAUUUAGCGCUACUUUGCCUUCACAACUCUUGGUUUGUUAUUUUUGUGAUACUGAUUGCACAGUGAUGACCUUUUGUAGGAAGGCUGAUGGCGACUGUAUUCAACAUGACCAUAUUUCCUUUGUACUCUGUGUGUAUUUGUUUUUGUUUUCUGUGUUUUAAUAAAUCCUUUAAAAAAGGG